GGACGCAUCGGAGAGAAAGCAGCAUUCACUUCUCGCAGCCACAGCUUUACUGUCUGCAAGCCAUGGAUACUGUUCCUAAACGGAAGCUAGGAUUUUUCACUUUCUUUUUAUACCUUUGGAACCCGUUUCUGGUCGCAGCAAACAACAAUUGUGAUGAUCAGCUGGUAUCUACAUUACCCCUAACAUCCUUCAAUAGUUCAUCACAGCUGUCAAGCAGCCAUAGUCCUGGAUAUGCAAAGCUGAACAGACGAGAUGGGGCAGGAGGGUGGUCCCCUUUGGAAUCUAACAAAUAUCAAUGGCUGGAAAUUGACUUGGGAGAAAGAACUGAAAUAAGUGCUGUCGCCACUCAAGGAAGAUAUGGAAGCUCAGACUGGGUGACAAGUUAUUUUCUAAUGGUUAGUGAUACAGGAAAAAACUGGAAACAGUAUCGACAAGAAGAAAGCAUAUGGGCCUUUUCUGGAAAUACAAAUGCUGACAGCGUCGUACAGUAUAAACUACAACAGCCUGUUAUUGCAAGAUUUCUGAGAUUUGUGCCUCUUGACUGGAAUGCAAAUGGGAGAAUAGGGAUGCGAGUUGAGAUUUAUGGAUGCCCAUACAAUUCUGAUGUGGCAAGUUUUGAUGGCAGCAGCUCAUUACUCUUCAGGUUCACUCAAAAGUCAAUACGAACAGUAAAGGAUGUGAUUUCUAUGAAGUUUAAGACAAUACAAAAUGUCGGGGUUAUCUUACAUGGUGAAGGACAGCAUGGAGAUUACAUUAUGCUGGAGCUACAGGAAGGAAAAUUGGCACUGCACAUCAAUUUAGGGGGCACAAGAGCGUUUUCACCUGACACUCAUACGCUGGUAACUCUUGGGAGCCUCUUGGAUGACCAGCACUGGCAUUCAGUUCUUAUCGAACGAAUUAACAAGUUUGUUAAUUUCACUGUGGAUAAAAACACUAUCCAGUUCCAAAUUAAAGGAAACCAUGAUCACUUGCAUAUCGAUUAUGAGCUCAGCUUUGGAGGUGUCUCAUCUCAAGGAAAACCGGGCACUUUAUUGAGGAAAGGCUUUCAAGGAUGCAUGGAAAAUAUACUUUAUAAUGGUGUGAACAUUAUUGAUCUUGCCAAAAGACAAAAGCCACAGAUGCAAACUGAGGGUAAUGUAACAUAUUCCUGCUCAGAGCCUGCCAAUGUUCCUGUAACCUUUGGGAGUCCUCGUAGUUAUCUGCUUUUGCCAGGAUCUCCAGUACAAGAAAGUAUAUCUGUAAGCUUCCAGUUCCGCACCUGGAAUAUGGCAGGAUUGCUGCUAACAACUGAACUUUAUCAAAGCUUGGGAAAUAUACAGCUUUGCCUUGUAGAGGGCAAAGUUAGACUAACUCUUUCUAAAUCUGGACGGAUCAUUUCUGAUGUCUCCUCAGGAGUGGCUCUCAGUGAUGGCCAAUGGCAUUCAAUAGAACUUAGUGGAAGGAGAAACCGUUUAAUUUUAAUUAUUGAUAAAGAUGUUUCAAAUGCAUUAUAUGCCCAGUCACCAUUUCAUAUGCAUUCAGGAAGUCAUUACUACUUUGGAGGUUGUCCUGAAGGUAUCAAUAGCCACGAAUGUCAGAAUGAUUUUGCCGGCUUUAAAGGAUGCAUGAGGCUAAUCAUUAUAGACAACCAUCCUAUUGAUCUUAUCCAAGUGCAGCAAAGAAUAAUUGGAAAUUUCAGUGAUUUACAAAUAGACCUAUGUGGAAUUAUAGACAGAUGUACACCAAACUAUUGCGAGCAUGGUGGCACAUGCUCACAGUCAUGGAAUUCUUUCUACUGCAACUGUACCAAUACUGGCUACACUGGAGCAACCUGCCACAGUGCACUUUAUGAGCAGUCCUGUGAAGCUUACAAGCACAAAGGUAAUACAUCUGGCUUGUACUACAUUGAUCUGGAUGGAAGUGGCCAACAAAGGCCACUACUAAUAUACUGCAACAUGACAGAAAAAACAUGGACCGUAGUGCAGCACAACAACACAGAGCUCACAAAAUUGAAAGGCUCCAGUGGGAUCAAUCGACACCAUGUUUACUUUAACUACACAGCCGAUGCAGAUCAGCUUCAAGCCAUAAUAACCCAAGCAGAGUACUGUGAACAGGAACUCUCCUACCACUGCAAAAUGUCACGGCUCUUAAACAAACCAGAUGGAACACCUUUCACUUGGUGGUAUGGAAGAACAAAUGAAUUGCAAGCAUACUGGGGAGGUGCAGAACCUGGAAGUCAAAUGUGUGCUUGUGGAUUAAACCGAGAUUGCAUUGACACAAACCGUUAUUGCAACUGUGAUUCUGACAGAAAAGAAUGGACAAAUGACACUGGUUAUCUCUCUUACAAAGAUGAUUUGCCUGUGACAGGAAUUAUAAUUGGUGACUUAAACCGGCCCAAUUCUGAGGCUGCUUACAGAGUUGGAAAUUUUCAGUGUUACGGUGACAAGAAUUUUUGGAAUUCAGCCUUCUUCAGUACAGAGACAUCCUACCUUCAUUUCCCAACGUUUCAUGCUGAACUAAGUGCCGACAUUUCAUUUUUCUUCAAAACAACAGCCUCAUCUGGAGUGUUUUUGGAAAACCUAGGAAUUAAAGAUUUCAUUAGGAUUGAAUUAACUUCACCUUCAGAAGUUUCAUUUUCAUAUGAUGUUGGCAACGGGCCUUUUGAUGUCAGCAUCAGGACCCCUACAGCUCUUAAUGACAAUCAGUGGCACUAUGUCAAGGCUGAGAGGAACGUUAAGGAAUCCAGUCUUCAAGUGGAUCAGCUUCCACCACGUACCCAAGAGGCACCAUCAGAUGGGCACAUUCACUUACAGCUAAACAGUCAGCUUUUUGUGGGAGGCACUGCCUCAAGGCAGAGAGGAUUUCUUGGAUGCAUCCGUUCUUUACAAUUAAAUGGGGCAACACUAGACCUUGAAGAAAGAGCAAAGAUUACGCCCGGAGUGAAUCCUGGAUGCCGUGGACACUGCAGUAGCUAUGGCAGUCUUUGUCAAAAUAAUGGGAAAUGCAUUGAAAAAUACAAUGGAUUCUCAUGUGAUUGUAGCUCAUCUGCUUACACAGGACCAUUCUGUAAGAAAGAGAUAUCUGCAUAUUUUAAAGCCACAACAUCAGUGAUGUAUAUGUUUAAAGAACCAUAUGAAAUGAACAAAAAUUCAACAACACAAUCCUCUGCCAUCUACUCAGACAUUACUCUACGAAAGGAGAAUAUUGCCUUCAGUUUUCGUACAACACAGACACCAUGCUUACUCUUGUAUGUUACAUCAUCACACAAGGAAUUUUUUGCUGUAACACUCAAUAAAAAUGGCCAUUUGCAAAUCAAAAUCAAGCUGCAUAAUAGCAAAGAUGCGGAAGUUUUCAAAAUCAAUUUCCGAAACCUUGCAAAUGGACAGCUUCAUAAAAUAAAAAUUCAUCGAGAAGCUGGAGAUCUUUCUGUGCAGAUUGACCAUUACCCCAGAGAGCAGUUUAGUCUUGUUGCAGAUACCGAAUUUAAUGCUAUCAAAUCCAUUUUUCUUGGAAAAGUUUUUGACAGUGAUGACAUGGACCAGGAGAUUUCACGAGUAAAUGCUCUUGGAUUCACAGGUUGCCUUUCAGCUGUACAAUUCAAUCACAUUGCACCCUUGAAGGCCGCACUACUGUACUCCAUGUUGUCCCCAGUCAUUGUCAAAGGACACCUGGCACAGUCAACUUGUGGGGCUUACUCGUCUACUGACCCCUCAUCGAUUGAGACAUUGCAUUCUCUGUCAGAUCAUUCUGGCCCCAUAGAUGAGGGAGAGCCAAUAGCCAAUGCAAUUAGAAGUGACUCUGCUCUUAUUGGAGGUAUAAUAGCUGUUGUGAUAUUUGUAAUCCUCUGUGUCAUCGCAAUAAUGGCACGGUUUUUGUAUCAACGGAAGGAAACAUAUCAGAACAGAGAUACCAAGGGACAACAACACGAUGAAACGGCAGACCUCACAUUUAGAAAUGAUGUACAUUCACAAAACGCAUUAAGUGAAUCGCAGAGAGAAUACUUUAUUUGAGGAAUGGUUUGCUUUUACUUCUUAAGCCACAAAACAAUCAGCAUUAACAAAGAGUGCAAAUGCUUUGCCAAGACUACCUGGAGGCAUAUACCUGUAUUGUGCAAUAUGAUUCAGAAUCAUGAACAGCUGAUUACUUUUGGUUGUCCAACCGCUAUCAAUGAAAUUGUGCAAAAGUAUAAGUGUUCAUUCAUUGUAUGUUUUUGUACAUAUCAUGUAUUCCUGCUUUAAACUGUGCUAUUCAUAAGACGCUGUGGUAUUUUACUUCAUCUAGUGUAACAAUUAUGUAAAAUAUAAAUGUUGCUAUGUUUGUACCAAACAGAAAUAAUUCAAUAUAAUUUUCUCCCCAAAGUAAUCUUAUUUAGUGUGGCCAAAUAUGGUUUUAAAGCAUAUCAGUUAAUUUAAAUAUCAAAAAUCCUAUCUAUAAGUGCAUAGCCAUUAAUCCAUAAUGAAUUCCCCUCAAACCUUAUAAAGACCACAGAGAAAAAAUGGCAGCGUAACUUGAAUUAGAAAUGUCAAUCUGAUUGUUUUAUAGGAUGUACAAUUACUACUGUGACUUAAUAUUGUUUAAAAAACUGAAGUGAGUGAGAAUUUGUGAGCUACGCUAAGCUGAAUGGUCUUUAUUCAACAAAAUGUGGCUUAUGGUGUUAUACUUUGUGAUUGUUUAGGCACUGUGGAAAUUCAGAAUAAACAAUACAAGAAUUACUGAAAAAAUAAAAUGAUGUUGAGAUGAGAGAGGUGACAGCAAAUUUAAUAUGAGAAAGGGAGCAAUUUGGUUGCUAGCCCUCAAUAUGAACUUUAAGUGACAGAGGAACCAAACUCCAAACCGGUAAAAAUUAAUUUUUACAUGUAUAAAUUUGACAUUUUUUAAAAUCUAGAGAUGUGUAAAUAUCUCUGCAGUCAAUGAGGUGGAGACUUUUUAAUUGUUAAGUUAAUUUUAUUUUAGGAAAUGCAAGGUGAGAAAUAGUCAACCAGACGUUUUUGCUGUUAAUUUCUUUUUUUUUUUCUUAUGCUCUUAUCUUGAAUAACUUAAGCUGAUGUCACAUUACAUGACUUUUAGCUGAAGGGGACGACUGCAGUGGCUGAAUUUGUCACCUAAGUAUGUAAAGUUACGUGACUAGAAUCACUGGGGACAUCAGAUUUCUCAACUGCAUAACAACUUUCCAGCACAAUUUCAUGUUUCCAAAGUAUCGCAAGCUUGCCCCUUUUUCUGACAACCAAUGACAUGCUGCCUAACGGAGCCAGUGUUCAUUCAAAGGGUUUACAGGCAAUGGAAGGUGCAACUUCGGGACAUUUUUUUUUUCUGUUUUUUUCCAUUUUGCCAUGAUCCAAAACACACUCAUUCCUUAUUCCUCAUUGUUGUACUGUAUGCAUGGUACUUCCACGUGAGCAUGCACCGGUUCUCAAUUCUCAUACUCUCCAAAACUUAAUACAAAAUCAAACCUGUUUGAUUUUGUCUGCUUGAGUCACAUACAUUGUAGAGUUUGUCACACUACAAGACCAUGGGGGGUCACGGGAAUGCGCCACAACUGUCCCUAAAUUGCUAAGAUUAUAAUUAAGGAAUCUGUGACUUGAAAUCAUUAAAAAAGUCGUGUAAUGCAACAUGGCCUUAAGUGGACCAAUAGGACAACUGAUAGGAUUUGAGUCAAAGAGUCCAAGUCAUUUUGAAAGUCAUCGCUAAGAUGGUGUACGGAUUUUAAUGGGAAAUGCGUACCAAAAGUUUCUAUCCAAGUUUUCUGGGUUUUACAUGAAUCAGUAUGCCGAGUUUCACUCCAGUUCCUUUCUGUGCAGGAUCCACAUAAUUUAACUUUAUUUUUCCUUUCCAGAGACAUCAGAAAAAAAACUCUGAAUACACUUCUGAGCUUGUCUGGGAUUUAUUUCGUUUGGCUAAUAUAUGGACAUUAAAUUAACCAAAUACUGUAAGAUAAGAGGAGAACAGAGUCCUUUUUAAAAUUCUUAUUUUUAUUUUGUUUAAUGUUAGUCAGUGCAGUUCAGGACUAUCUUAUAAAGAGACAAUUUAGCAAAAUUCCCAGCUGUAACAACAGCAGUACAGAGUCUGCCUUUUUGUAUUCCAAGUGGAAGCAGAUUAUUUCUUCGGUGAAUUGCACUACUGUAAGUACUAGGACUACAAUGCAGUACAUUGUGUGCAGAUCCAUUUAGGGAUCAGUGAUGAUGAUGAUGAAUGUUAGAAGUUGGUAAACUAAUUUGUCUUGUACUGUACAACUGUUUUUCUUUUUCCUUUCCGCACUUUAUGAUGAAACAUUUCUAUUGAUUAUUUCUUGAAUAAAAAUGAUUUAUACACUAACAUUUAUUGCUCUUGAUUAUCCCCCACCAAAACAAAACAAGACAACCUUCUCACAAAAGUUCAGGUGAAUCCACAUAGAGAUAGACCCUAAAAAAGCAAGCAAGAUCUCUUCCCAGUUUACAGUUUAGUGUCUUUCUCCCUCCCCAUUCUCUCUUCAAUUAGUGCAAGAUGGCAAUUCGUUUACAUGUACAACCAUUCUCAUCUGUCUAGUACUCAAAUGAAACUGUUGAAACAGUCAAGGAGUUUCAUUUAUAACACAGCCCAUAGCUGAUAACUCAUGAGUGGGUAUUUCUUCCACAAGGGGCCUGAAUUCAAAUCAAGCCUUCUUUGUGAAGUUCUUUUGUCCUUUCUUUCUUUAUUCUGUUACAUUUCCUAAAGUAAGUUUUAUUCCCAUUUUUCAGGCUUAUUAUCAACCCUAAGAUACCUAAGUUUAUGUAUGGGCAUAGACAUACAAGAUUACAUAUUUCAAACUGGAUGGUUUGAAGGGUAUGAUGUUGUACGAUGGAUUGUCCUGGUCAUUCUUCUUAAUUUAUGGAACAAAUAUUAAUUAUUCUAAAGUUAACAAUAGUUGAGCAAUAUUAGAAACAAUACUUUUCAAAAAUGGGUUUAAGUUGUCAGUAUUGUACAUUCACAGUGCAUGAAAGCCACAUCUGUAAACCUCAUGUUCACAUUUUCAUGUGAGAUUCCACCAUUAGCUUUAAGAAACACGGUGAGGUUCAAAGGUCAUUUUAAAUUGUCCCAAUCAGUAUUCCUGAUUGCUUGCUUUUGUAUGAACCUUGAGAUGUACUGGUAAACCAU